AUGAGUGCGAGACGACAGUACGUGGCGAGGCUGUGGCUCCUCCUGUGCGUCUUCGCGCUCAGCGUCACGGCUCAGACGCCCGCCACCAACUCUUCCGCUCCAGGCACGCCCCGAGCGAGACCGUCACCAGCGACGGCGCCAGCAGCGGAGGGACCGCCACCAACGGACGCCACGACGACGACAGCAACAACGUCGGACCUGGCGGCGACUUCGGGGAACGAGUUGAACGCGCCUUCGGGCGCGUCCCCGUCAGUGAUGGACAUCUCGACUCCAACUGCGCCCAGCAGCACGAACGGACCUCCGGACUCAACCGCCACCGAGCUGACGACCGCCACUUCGGACCCGUCGGCCACUGCGGCAGAAGAGACGGCGCAAGCGACGCCUGCUCCUCGGACACCAACGACCCCGUCGCGGCCCAGCACGCCACCGACGCCGGCCAAUGACACUCCAGAGUCGGCAACAGCCACGACGGACCCGCCGACGGCAGCGCCGCCUUCGCCGCCAGCAGCUGCUGCAACGGCUCCAAAUGAGGUGCCGCCACCGCCACCGGUACCUUCAAGCGAGGCGACGUCUGCGUCGUCAACGGACGGGGCUCCAGCUCUGGACCCGUCGGCCAUCUCGUCCGUGUACGGCACGAUGCCGCCGGACCACCCCGAAGGAGCUGCUGGGGCUGACAGCAGCAAGACGGAAAGCAACGCGGCGGCGUCGUCUCCGGGCUGGAUCGUCCCGGUCGUUGUGGCUGCGGUCGUGAUGCUGGCGCUGCUGGUCAUCACGUUCUACGUGCGCACGCGCAAGCGCGAGGAGCCGGACGACCUCGACCGCCCGAGUGAGCACUUUUUCGAAGCCCCGCGCACUAAUGCGAGCAAUUACGCGAACGCGGCUGGGGGUGGGGGUGCUGGCGGCAACACGCCGUUGAUAGGAGGAGGGAUGACAGCUGACGAAUGGGCUCAGAAAGAGGCCGUGCUGGCUAUGCGGAAACCGUCCGGACCGAUCGUUGCAGCUCCUGGUGCUUCUGGUCCACCCAUGAUGCCAAGAACAGCGAGUGCUCUGUCGCAGCAUCGUCAAGACCCAGUGCUUGCGCCAGUCGAGCCGCAGUUCACGCUGCAGGAGGAGGUCGAGCUGGAGCGCUCGCAGCGCUCGAUGCACGUCACGAGCACGCUCCGCUCGCCACAGGCCGCAGUGAGUCCUGUCAGCCAGUCGUUUGAGACGGACCCACCGUAUCAUCCGACAAAUUGCAUGGCGUCGGGUGCGUCGGUGCCAGGGGUAACGCUCUGA